GCUCCCGCUCCCUCUUCGCCUCGAUUCUUCCGCCGUCCACAGCUUGGUAGCAACCCCCUCGGGCAAGCCAACUCCUAGGAACAAACACGCCGCAGCUCUCCAGCUCGGCGGUGCGAUCGUGUCCGCACACGCGGUGGACUCAAGUCGGAGCCACCCGUCAUAGACAGGUAGACUGGUAUUUGCUACAAGAGAAGGUUAAUACUGGCAGCGGGACGGUCCGGAGGAAAAAGAAGAAGUGGCCGCAGAAGGAGAGAAGGCGGUGCGUGCCGGAAAGGCGAAGACGGAGAGACGAACUGCCAGGUGUGGUACGGGAAGGAAGAGGAGGGUCCGAUCUGAUGCAGCAGACACAGACCGUCACCGAGACGGGAAACCGACUCCUACCGGAAUGGCGAGAGAGGUUGAGCCCGUCCAAGCUCAGUGCGAUACCCGGCCGCUAUAAGCUGCGUCGUCUCUACACCCGCUCCCACUCGAAACCUCCGAUGCGAGAACCUGGCCCGCCGGGGGGCAUUGCUGCGCUGCAACGGUCUUUUUCCGUCUUCGAAUCUUUCCGGCAGCUCCGGGAGAGGCGAUGGAGCGUGUUCGACAUCCAAUACCCCGUCCUCGCCGCCUUCACCCUCGCCUCGAUAUGGAUCGUCGAACCCGCCGCUCCCUUCAUCAAGACCCUCGCCGCCCUCGGUUACUUCUCGCUCCUGCUCAUGCCCGUCACCCGACAGUUCUUCCUCCCUUCUUGGCCCAUAUGGACCUACCUGCUCUACUUCUUCUCCAGCCGCUUUAUCCCGUUUGACAUCCGCCCGGAAAUAUUCGUGCAGGUGCUUCCCGCCCUCGAAGACAUCCUGUACGGCACCAACUUCUCCAACGUCUUCUCCUCCUGGACGCACGCCGUCCUAGACAUCUUGGCCUGGUUUCCAUACGGACUCGGGCACUUCGGCUUGCCGGCCAUCUGCUCGGCCAUCAUCUUCGUGUUCGCAGCGCCGGGCACGCUGCCCAUGUUCGCGAAGAGCUUCGGGUGGCUGAGCAUCCUCGGCGUGACGAUACAGCUGCUGUUCCCGUGCACGCCGCCGUGGUACGAGCGACUGCACGGGCUCGAGCCGGCCCAGUACGGGAUGCAGGGGUCGCCCGCGGGGCUCGCCCGCAUCGACGCCCUGUUCGGCGUUGACAUGUACACGACGAGCUUCACCACCGCGCCGGUACCGUUCGGCGCCUUCCCCAGCCUGCACGCGGCUGACGCCAUCCUCGAGGCGCUCUUCAUCAGUUUCUGCUUCCCGCGGCUGCGCGCUCUCUGCGUCUUCUACGUCGUGUGGAUCUGCUGGGCCACCAUGUACCUCAACCACCACUACGCUGUCGACCUGCUCGGCGGCGGGCUCAUCGCGUACGCUAUCUUCGUCGUCGUGCGGCGCUUCUGGCUACCGCGUCCGCAGCCCGGCAAGAAGUACCGCUGGGAGUACGAGUACAUCGAGGUUGGCGCGAUGCGCAAGAACCCCGCGCUCGACGAGGAGCUCGGGUACCGCCCGGUCGAGGGCGGCGAGGGGGGCCAGCCGAAGCACAGCGCCGAGUGGGCCGAAGAGUUCACAGUACUCGACAGCUUCAUGCACUCGGCGUCGAGCAGCGGGAGCGCGAGCCCGACGGCGUCGCUGCUCUCGUCGUCGUCAUCGUCGUCGUCGUCACCGCGGAGCGAUCGGAGCGGUAGGAGGAACGAUUAGACGAGACGCAACGGGCUCCGUGGGGUCUGCUUGGUUGUCUGGUUGGUUUAGACGAGGCGGCGAGCGCGAUUUCUAUAGGAUAUUUGUUUUGUGUUAUGAUACCACGAUAUACCUAUACGUACACUUGUAUAUAUAUACUCUUAAUGCCGGAUGAGGGGGAGGGGGGAGAGGUGAAGCUGGGAAUACGCCCUGUGAGAUGAGAUAAGAGGAGGAGAGGAUAAUUGGCGUCGCCAAGGCGCGCAGAGGCAGAGCAGAAUCGGAUAGAGAAAGAAAGCUC